AUGCAUGGGGAAUGGCAAGAAUUCAAGACUCCUGCAGGUAAGAAGUACUACUACAAUAAGAAAACGAAACAGUCUCAAUGGGAAAAACCUAAUUUAAAAAAAAAUUCUAACCUAGAGAGCAAUGCGAAAGCAUCCCAGAUAGAGAGAAAGCCAACAUUUACGCUAGAACUGAUUAAUGGCUGGUACUUAAUAAUAUGCAACGAUGGUACGAAACUCUACUUUAAUAAUGACUCUAAGGUCUUCAAAAACGACAUCGGCCAAGAAAGUGACGGUAACUGUGGUGCAUUGAUCGAGUCAUUAGACAAGGAGAAAUUGGUUCUCUUGAUUGGCGUUGCCAGAGGUUACGCUAUGCGGGAGGAGGACAUUGACAAUAUCUUCGAAUCUUUGAACGAAGAGAUUGACCUAUUUAAAAGAAAUCAAGAUGGAGUGGAGAGAAAAAGUGAGAUAAGCGAAGAGGCGGGUGACGUACAACAUCCAUUACAGGAAAGCCACACUGGGCUAGUCAGCGGGUAUGGUUCAUCCUCAGAAGAAGAAGAUGAAGAACAAAUCCCAAACCAAGAUGCUAGCAUAAUUGAUGAUCUGAAUCAUAUUGAUACCGACGACAUUGACGAGCGCAAUCUGUUCUUCCAGUUAUUCCAUAGGUAUAAACUUGACAAGUUCUCCACGUGGUCACUGCAAAGCAAGAAAAUCGAAAACGAUCCCGAUUUUUACAAGAUCAGAGAUGACGCUGUUCGUGAAGGCCUUUUCGAGGAGUGGUGCGGCGAGCACAGUUCCAAUGCCAGUGCUAAGGAAAGCGACAGCGAAGAUGAUAGCGAAGACGAUAGUGAUGUACUAGAGCCAACAAAAUACCACUAUCUGGCACAAAUCGUUGCCAAUGCGGGAAAAAUCGCGCCCGACACCAUCACACAAGAUAUCAGGAAACAACAAAAGGCGUUAUACAAGGCGUACAAAAUCAAGGAGUAUGUACCAUCGAAGCGCGAGCAAGACAAGUUCGUGUCACAACUGCUGUUUUAUUAUAAGACAUUCAACUUACAACAGCGAAGAGAGAUAUUUUGGGAUUGUCUGCGGGAUCACGAACGUGACUUUACGGGAACAAUCGAAUUGCUACGUCAGGACAAAGAGCUUAUCAGCCGAUGGCUGGCACUCUUAAAUGCUCCCGCCGACAGUAGUAGUGUGGAGGAUGUAUUGUUGACCAUUGAGCACCGGUGUUGUGUGGGUCCAAUAGUGUUGACGGAACCACGCUACUACGUUGUGGGCAUCAUGGAUAAGACCACGGUUUGGGUGCGGUGGCUAGCCGCCGAGGGAGGGCCGCCCGGCCGGUUUACCCCAGCGGGCGCGGGGAACUCGCCGAUAAAUCCGGAAUGA